CGCAGCCCUGCCCUCAGCCCCGGCCGGGAGAGGCACCAGCCCCAGCAAUUGGAUUGGGCAGCCCGUCUUGACACACCGCGGCGCUGAGUGCUCCAGGACGUGUUCCACCAGAUGGUUGGGGUUAGUGUGUGUCAUCACGUUCGAGUGGGGAUUAGGAGCAGGAAGGCUGCCUCGCUGGAGCUGUGUGGUCUCCUGCAAGGGAGAGUUGCAGGCAUCAGGACGACUUUGCUCGUGGAACAGGAGGAGGCAUUCAUUUUCUGCAGCCCCAAGAAAAGCAGGGGGGUUUUUUCCAGCUGUCUCAGAGGUGGAACUGGAGGUGUUCCUGUCACUAUCCCUUCGGAAGCUUAGGACACCCACUGGACACCUCAUUGGCUUCAGGACCCCAUCUACAGAUGUUCUGAACGCCUCUGAGUAGAGAAAUUGAGUUUUCAACCAGGAUACCCAAUUCAAGACCUGCAGAAACCAGGAGGCUGAGACCUUUUGUCGAUUUUGCUACGGUGGAGCAAACAUAAUGAAGUAUUCCUGCUGGGCUCUGGUUCUGGCUGUCCUGGGCGCAGAACUGCUGGGGACUGUCAGAUCCACUGUGAGAUCCCCGAGGUUCAGAGGACGGAUACCACAGGAACGCAAAAACAUCCGACCCAACAUUAUUCUUGUGCUCACCGAUGACCAAGAUGUGGAGCUGGGGUCCCUGCAGGUCAUGAACAAAACGAGAAAGAUUAUGGAACAUGGGGGGGCCACCUUCACCAACGCCUUUGUGACCACGCCCAUGUGCUGUCCCUCCCGGUCCUCCAUGCUCACGGGGAAGUAUGUGCACAACCACAACGUCUACACCAACAACGAGAACUGCUCUUCACCCUCCUGGCAGGCGAUGCAUGAACCUCGGACCUUUGCUGUGUAUCUUAACAACACUGGCUACAGAACAGCCUUUUUUGGAAAAUACCUCAAUGAAUAUAAUGGCAGCUACAUCCCUCCUGGGUGGCGAGAAUGGCUUGGAUUAAUCAAGAAUUCUCGUUUCUAUAAUUACACUGUUUGUCGCAAUGGCAUCAAAGAAAAGCAUGGAUUUGAUUAUGCAAAGGACUACUUCACAGACUUAAUCACUAACGAGAGCAUUAAUUACUUCAAAAUGUCUAAGAGAAUGUAUCCCCAUAGGCCCAUUAUGAUGGUGAUCAGCCACGCUGCGCCCCACGGCCCCGAGGACUCGGCCCCACAGUUUUCAAAACUGUACCCCAAUGCUUCCCAACACAUAACUCCUAGUUAUAACUAUGCACCAAAUAUGGAUAAACACUGGAUUAUGCAGUACACGGGGCCCAUGCUGCCCAUCCACAUGGAGUUUACAAACGUUCUACACCGCAAAAGGCUUCAGACUUUGAUGUCAGUGGAUGACUCUGUGGAAAGGCUGUAUAACAUGCUGGUGGAAACGGGGGAGCUGGAGAACACGUAUAUCAUUUACACCGCUGACCACGGUUACCAUAUUGGGCAGUUCGGACUGGUCAAGGGGAAAUCCAUGCCAUAUGAUUUUGAUAUCCGUGUGCCUUUCUUUAUUCGUGGGCCAAGUGUAGAGCCUGGAUCAAUAGUUCCACAGAUCGUUCUAAACAUUGACCUGGCCCCUACGAUCCUGGACAUCGCUGGGCUCGACCCACCUCCUGAUGUGGAUGGCAAGUCUGUCCUCAAACUUCUGGACCUGGAAAAGCCAGGGAACAGGUUUCGAACAAACAAAAAGGCCAAAAUUUGGCGUGAUACAUUCCUCGUGGAAAGAGGGAAAUUUCUACGUAAGAAAGAAGAAUCCAACAAGAACAUUCAACAGUCAAAUCAUUUGCCCAAAUACGAGAGGGUCAAAGAACUAUGCCAGCAGGCCAGGUACCAGACAGCCUGUGAACAACCUGGGCAGAAGUGGCAGUGCAUCGAGGACGCGUCGGGCAAGCUGCGGAUUCACAAGUGCAAAGGGCCCGGCGACCUGCUCGGCGCGCGGCAGAGCGCGCGGAGCCUGUACCCGCGCGGCUUCCCCAAGGCCCGGGAGUGCCAUAUAGAAUGCAAAUAUAUUCAGUGUAAGCACCAGACCCCCCACACACACCCCACCCCACACACGAGCUAUCAAGGGGUAAAGGUUCAGCACCAGGUGAUCAUCUUUUCUCCUCAAGUACAUCUGAACACCAUAUUAACCUAUCUUUCCUUAUUUCCAGAGUACAAGCCCAGGUUUGUCCACACUCGGCAGACACGAUCCUUGUCCGUUGAAUUUGAAGGCGAAGUAUAUGACAUAAACCUGGAAGAAGAAGAACUGCAAGUGCUGCAGCCAAGGAACAUUGCCAAGCGUCAUGACGAAGGCCACAAGGGGCCGGGAGGUCACCAAGCUACGAGCGGUGGCAAUGGGGAUACCACGCUGACCACCAGCAGCAAUGCUGUGGGCCUGCCCACCACCGUCCGAGUGACCCACAAGUGCUUUAUUCUUCCAAACGAUACCAUCCAUUGUGAGAGAGAGCUGUAUCAGUCAGCCAGGGCAUGGAAGGACCACAAGGCAUACAUUGAUAAAGAGAUUGAAGCUUUGCAAGAUAAAAUUAAGAAUUUAAGGGAAGUGAGAGGGCACUUGAAGAGGAGGAAGCCCGAGGAGUGUGUCUGCAGUAAACAGAGCUACUACAAUAAAGAGAAAGGUGUAAAAAAGCAAGAGAAAUUAAAGAGCCAUCUCCACCCAUUCAAGGAGGCCGCUCAAGAAGUGGACAGCAAACUGCAGCUCUUCAAGGAGAACCGUAAGAGGAAGAAGGAGAGGAAGGAGAAGAAGCGCCAGAGGAAGGGCGAGGAGUGCAGCCUUCCCGGCCUGACCUGCUUCACGCACGACAACAACCACUGGCAGACGGCCCCCUUCUGGAACCUGGGGUCUUUCUGUGCUUGCACGAGUUCUAACAACAACACCUACUGGUGUUUGCGUACAGUUAAUGAGACGCAUAAUUUUCUUUUCUGUGAGUUCGCCACCGGCUUUUUGGAGUAUUUCGAUAUGAAUACAGAUCCUUAUCAGCUCACAAACACCGUGCACACGGUAGAACGGGGGAUUUUGAAUCAGCUACAUGUCCAGCUGAUGGAGCUCAGAAGCUGCCAAGGGUAUAAGCAGUGCAACCCAAGACCUAAGGGCCUUGACGUGGGAAAUAAAGAUGGAGGAAGCUAUGACCUACACAGAGGACAGCUAUGGGAUGGAUGGGAAGGUUAACCUUCCCAGGCCCAGCGCAGACAUCAGCGGGCAAGGCCUGGAGGACGUGCACAGUGUGAAUGAAAGCGUCUCUGAGGACAGACAGAACUAC